UCCUCUGUGGUGGCCCUGGGAGCCAGCAUCAUCUGCAACAAGAUCCCGGGUCUCGCCCCCCGGCAGCGGGCGAUCUGCCAGAGCAGGCCCGACGCUAUUAUCGUCAUCGGGGAAGGGUCCCAGAUGGGCAUCAACGAGUGCCAGUUCCAGUUUCGCAACGGGCGCUGGAACUGCUCAGCCCUGGGAGAGAGGACCGUCUUCGGGAAGGAGCUGAAAGUGGGUAGCAGAGAAGCAGCGUUCACGUAUGCCAUCAUUGCUGCUGGAGUAGCACAUGCAAUUACGGCUGCCUGUACACAGGGCAACCUGAGUGACUGUGGUUGUGACAAAGAAAAACAAGGACAGUACCAUAAAGAGGAAGGAUGGAAAUGGGGAGGCUGCUCUGCUGACAUCAGAUACGGAAUAGGAUUCGCCAAAGUGUUUGUGGAUGCCCGGGAGAUUAAGCAAAAUGCAAGGACGCUCAUGAACCUGCACAACAACGAGGCCGGGCGGAAGAUUCUGGAAGAAAACAUGAAGUUAGAGUGCAAGUGCCAUGGGGUGUCGGGAUCCUGUACCACUAAAACGUGCUGGACAACUCUGCCUAAAUUCCGGGAGCUGGGCUACAUCCUUAAGGACAAAUACAACGAAGCUGUUCAAGUCGAACCAGUGAGAGCAAGUCGUAACAAGCGUCCAACCUUUCUCAAAAUAAAGAAGCCACUUUCCUAUCGCAAACCCAUGGAUACAGAUUUAGUGUACAUAGAAAAAUCUCCCAAUUAUUGUGAAGAAGACCCUGUCACUGGCAGCGUGGGAACACAGGGAAGGAUGUGCAACAAGACAGCCCAGCAGUCUAACGGGUGCGAUCUGAUGUGCUGUGGUCGAGGUUACAAUACGCACCAGUACUCAAGAGUGUGGCAGUGCAACUGCAAAUUUCAUUGGUGCUGCUAUGUUAAAUGCAACACGUGCAGUGAAAGAACAGAAGUAUAUACCUGUAAGUGA